AUGAAGCUGCAAUCCGUCAGUUUAUGUGCCAUUUGGUUGGUGCUGCUUGCAACGGCAGCACCGCCGACCGUUGAGUCGAGGUCUGCGGGGAGGGCACGUGCAUUUGACACGUUCCGGUUACCGAACAGCACCGUUCCGACGCACUACAGCCUAUACCUGGACACCGAUCUUCACGUUGGGAUCUUCGAAUACAGUGGUAAUGUGCAGAUUCGUAUAAACGUGCUCGAGGCCACCGAUCAGAUUGUACUGCACAGUAUGCGCAGUGUUAUCACGCAGCUGAUCUUACGUAACAGUGCAAAUCUGGCGCUACCCGUGAAAGAUGUUGAUUAUGAUGUAGAGAAAGAGUUCCUGGUGAUCACAACCAGUUCGGUACUGGCUCCGAACAGUGGCUCCUACACACUCGAUAUCGACUUCAACAACAGUAUUGAUCGCAACGAUCAGUCCGGUUUCUAUCGCUCGUCGUAUGAAGAUGACCAGGGAGUAACAAGGUAUCUCGGAUUGACGCAGUUUGAGUCGGUCGAUGCGAGAACAUCGUUCCCGUGUUAUGACGAACCGGGCAUAAAGACUACUUAUUCCAUUCGCAUCGCCACCGGUACGAAUUAUCAUGUACGAUCGAACGCACCGAUGCUUGGUAUUCAGCUUCUACCGGAUGGAAAGAAGCUGACCACUUUUGCUACAACUCCCCGCAUGCAAACCUACCUUGUUGCCUGGCUAGUGUCCGAUUUCGUGUACGAACGAGAAAUUCUUAAGGAACCACAGCUGGCCAUCGCGACCUGGGCCAAACCAGCUUCGUCGCACCUGCUCACGUACUCCGUCGACGCGUCAAUGAAGUUCAUUCGGGCGAUGGAAGAGUAUUUUGGGGAGCAUUACAACAUGAACAAGCUCGAUAAUGUUGCCAUUAAGGACAGUGACUACGCAGCAGGAGCGAUGGAGAACUGGGGUUUGGUGACAUAUCGGGAAACGUCCAUUUACUUCGACCCGGAUACGCAGGGCGAAUCGCAGCAGGUAGGUGUAGUGACAAUCAUUGGUCACGAAUUUACGCACCAGUUCUUCGGCAACCUGCUGGCUCCCAAGUGGUGGAGCUACCUAUGGCUAAACGAGGGCUUUGCGCGGCUCUAUCAGUACUACGUGGGCUCAAUUAGCCACCCCGAACUCAACCUGAGGGAAAGAUUCGUGACGGGGCCAUUACAGCGAGCAUACACGCAAGACGCCCUGCUAAACGUUCGACCGAUGACGUACUACACGGAAACACGCGCAGGUAUCAGUAAUCUGUUCGAUCGGAUUGCGUACGACAAGUCGGCCAGCGUCCUGCGCAUGUUCAGCUACGCAUUCGGAGAACUAACAUUCCAGAAAGGACUUCGUUACUAUGUACAGCAAAAUAAACUGAAUGGCGUGGUGGAAGAGAGCAAUCUUUUCGCAGCACUGGAGCAGGCUGUCAAAGAGGACGCCGUUCUGCCGCUGAGCAUGUCGAUGCACGACAUCUUCCGAUCGUGGUCCAACCAAGCCGGCGUACCGGAAGUGGAAGUUCGUCGCGAUGGCGACGAGUUUUACUUCACCCAAAAGCGUUACUAUGCGGAACCUCAGGAAGAUCCAUCGCAAAGUUCUUGGUGGAUACCGAUUUCGUUUACUACACCCAGUAACACUCAGUACGAAACCCGGGUCGCCUUUUGGAUGCCACCGGAUGUGUCAGAAGUGGCCUAUACGAUCCCAUUAGCUGCCGGGGAGAUCGUAGAGUUCAAUUCUCAGGCGACCGGCUACUACCGGCUUAACUACGAACCAACGCUACUGAACCAGCUGAUUGAAAGAUUGCAAGAGGAUCAUCGCUCUAUUGAACCGGCCGCACGUGCUCGAUUGAUAGAUGACACACUACACAUUGCUUACCGGACUGGCGAGAACUACGAGGCCGUUUUUGAGCUGCUGACCUAUCUACGCCAGGAAGCAGACUACGCGCCGUGGAUGGUUGCGUACGAAAACUUUAAAGAGCUACAGACUCUGCUCCGUCACGAUGAGACAGCCUCGUCGCUGAUGCAAACCUUUAUUGCACAGUUGGCCACUCCACUGCUCGAACGUUUUGGCGUUUCCCGAAGAAUGCGAGAAUCUUCUUUCGAUGAAGAGUUACGAGUGAUCGCCAUCGAAAUGGCUUGUAGUGCCAGUGAAUCUUGCAAAGAUAUCGCUCACGCAGCACGCAGACAAAGCGAUAGUUAUCAUGAUCCAGCCGAAGUUGCCCUUCAGUGCGUGACACUACGGCAGCUUAGCAUCGAUGACCGCCAGUCAUUUGUAGCGCAACUGAUGCACGCACUAUCGACCGAACAGGAUUCCUUCUCCCGCAAAUACAUCGAGGAAGUGCUUAGUUGCUCCGGCAAAGACAAUGCAGUGGUGCUGGACACCCUAAUGAGACGAUUGCCCAUGCUUAGUGAAACCGAUCGAGCGACGGAAUUGCGACGAUUGAUGCUCUACUCGGAUGUGUCCGCCGAAGAGUUGAUUCAGCUCAUCAAGGACGGGCUUUCAAGCAGAAAACUCAAUACGAGCCCAUCCAUGCUGGCAAUGAUACUGCAGGAUCUAGCUAGGUACAUUACUGACUCGUCCGAAGCGAAACUGCUGCUCUCCGUCACGUCGCAAUACACUCCCUUCAUGGCUAGUGAAAUCGAACAACAGCUUGCAGCAAACCGUCGCUGGAUCGAACGAAACGUGGAACCUCUGAAAACGGUUUUGAGCCAAAGAGUCACAAUCUAAUCCGGCGGCUCACAUCGGUGACGCUUUGCACAACA